AUGAGACUCCUCUUCCUUGCAUUUGCCCUCAAAGCUUGCUUCACUCUCUCGACUUGCUCGCGAUUAACGUUCCCUUCCGAUGUGACCGCCGGACCACCGUCACCUAUCUUCCAAUUCGGCAGUGCGGUCGAGAUCGAGGACCUUGUGGUGCGGCCAAAUGGCAAGAUCCUCUUCACCACGCCGUCUCCAGCCGCCGAAGUUUGGCAGAUCAAUCCGUUUCAGGCAAAUGGCUCCGCUGAAAUAAUUGCCCAGUUCAACCGGACAAGCGCCUUGGGGAUCACACAGGUCGACAUCGAUGUCUUUGCCGUAUCCACUGGGAACAUAGGCCCUGGGUUUAGCGGGGUCGUGGGGUCCUUCGCCAUCCACCUCCUAGAUUUCACGCACGGUCGCGUGGCUAUCGGCCAGUCGAUCGACGUCCCAGAUGCCAAGUUCUUAAACAAGCUUACCAUGUUGGAUUCACCCUCACCCAUCCUUCUGGCGAGUGACUCGCAACGGGGCCUGGUGUACGGCAUCCAUCUGGCCAGUGGCUCGGCCCAGCCGCUGCUUCAGGAUCAUGCAACCAUGAAUGCCACUCCGAGCUUCCCGAAUGGUAUCAACGGAAUCCAGCGCGUGGGGAGAUUCAUUUAUUACACGAACAGCAGCAAAGGCCUUUUCUGCCGUGUCGGGCUCCACCCGAAUGGCACCACGGCCGGCCCAUUCGAGAUAGUGGCCAACGUUUCCAAUGCUGUCCCCUUGCCCGAUGGCUUCACCGUUUUACCAGAUGACCGGGCAUUCGUCGCUGGAUCCAACCAGGUCCUCUACAUCCGAGCAGAUGGGAGAUAUAAUGUCUUUGACGGCGGAGUCAAUCGUAAGGAACUUGCCGGUGUCACGUCCGCUCAAUUUGGUGUUGACUCGAACGCAACCACUUUGUUCCUCACCACUUCAGGGCACAUCUCGGAGCCUGCUACUAUCUCAUUUAAUGAGCCUGGAAAGGUAAUUUCCGUAGACGUGCAUGGGCUGUAG